AUGUGGUCAUUGCUGGUGGCCUGCAGUUUGACCCAGUUGUAUGGCCAGUGCUCGGAGCCCUCCCAAUGCGGCCUGGAUAAUCAAGCCUUCCUUCAGCUUCGUGAAGGUCCGAGUCCGGGCUCGGGCUCGGCAAAGAGUGACGUCCGGAUCCCGGCCAUUUGCCCAUCGCCUCUGUGUCCAGAUCAGAUGGUGGAGGCCCACGCGUCUUCCAACCUGACGAUCCUCUUUGCCUUCCGCUGCCCGGAAGAAGGGCUCAAGAAGUUGCAUCAGGACCUGAUGGAGAUUUCGGAUCCCCAGCACGAGCGCUACGGCAAUUGGCUCAGCAAGCAGGAGGCAGACAGCCUUUGCGACCCGGACAAGACGGUGGUCGAGUCAUGGCUCCGCGACCACAACUUGGCACCAGAGGAGUCGUGGCGCCGACACCUUCAGAUCAUGCUUUCCACGAGCGAGGCCGAGAUGCUUUUCAAAACGAGCAUCCACCGCUACCGACGCGGCAACCGGACGGUGGUGCAGGCCGAAGACUACUUCCUCCCCCGCCAGGUGAAAGAAGUCAUCUCGGCCAUCUACGGCCUGAACGACUUGCCCCUGCGCGAGGCAGCUUCGCCUCCUGUAGCGGAGCCAGCUCCUCAAGCUCAGGCUUCGGAGUCCCCAGGUCUCUUGCAGCAACUACAGAUGCUUCUGGGCUACUUUCCUGCACAAGUGACAACAGCGCUUUAUCCCUGUCUGAAGUGGUUUCCUUCUCUUGUGGGAGAUGUCAGGAAUAGUGACGCUGUUGGACGGCAAUGGCGCGACAACAAAGUUUUCGGUGGCAUUCCAAACCAACCCUCGCCCAUUGCUUUCGAUGUGGAGCCUCCUGUCGCUGCUUUCGUUGCCGGCCCGGACGUCAUCAAGCAGAUGUAUCAGGUGCCUACAGGCAACGCACCGGUGCCUGGAACCAAAGCCACACAGUCCGUUUUGUCUAUCGGCGACAUGUACUCGAUUCCGUUGGCUCGGUGGUACCAGAAGUUCUAUGGUCAAGAAGCCACAGAGGUCCAGGUUUCCGGAGUCAGUUUUGAUAGUACAACGUUGCCGGACUUGGGUGCCACGGAGUCGAACCUCGACAUCCAGAUGAUGGUCGGGGUUGGGCCGAAUAUCCCAACCUACGUGUACGGAGUCCCAAAAGGCUCGCAUCCCAUCAAAGACUUCUUCGCGAAGCUGGACCAAAUGACAAACCCACCACUGGUGAACUCCUUGAGUGUUUCAUUACUUCCAGGUGCAGAAGGUCCAGGUAACGACCAGGUCAUGGAUGGAGAGAUGGACUUGAUGUUUCUUGCAGCGAAAGGUAUUACGGUGGUUGUAGCAUCAGGUGACGACGGUGCGGGGUAUGGCUAUUUACCUGCAGGAGGGCCGGAGAGUUUCCAUGCAAACAGCAACAUCACGGGCGAGUACUUUUUCACAGUUCAGGCUCCAAGCAAAGAAGAUUGCAAUGCCGCCUGCUCCUUCACUCAUCGAGGCCCCCCGCUUUGGCAAUUGACAAACAACAAAUGUGGAGUCUGGUUGUUUCAGGCAACUUCUGGGGCGUGCACUAUGUUCAGUAUGGGCAUGCCGUUUGAGGUGACGACAGGUAACGGAUUUGUCGGAGGCCCAGAGAUUGUCGAUUGGCCGAUGGCGCCAACCUGGCCGACCAUGAGUCCGUGGGUGACUUCCGUGGGCUCCACGGCUCCAUGGCGUAAUGGCAACGUCCUGAACCAGUGGAUGCCAGAAAGGGCAACCAACCUCUUCGGCAGUGGUGGGGGCUUCAUGUGUCCGUAUCAGGACAAAAAAACGAUUCGAGGCAGUAACUGCAUUUCAACGGACAGCAGUUAA